AUGUUAAGAGAGGAUUUAACAAUAUUUCCUAAUACUCCAUAAAUAUAAAGUCUUUUUAAUCCUACUCCAAACAAUCCUAUGACUGCUUUUGUUGCAAGAUCCUGUUAUAAGUAUAAUUAACUGCAAAGAAACAAAUAAUAAAGAAUCGUUAUAUAACACAUACCUUCUAAACAUAGACCAAAUGAAUCGAGACAGAUAUCUUUACCAAGAGCGUUGUAAGCCAUAAAGAAAUAACAAUUAGAAUCAUUAAGAAGAUAAUCUCAAUAAAAGGAUGGGACUGUAAGUUUAGUUUUUUCGGAUGUAAAAGAGGAGGAGUUGAUCUUAUAGAAGAUUGAUAAAUUCUAGUAUUUGUAGCAUAAACUAUAAACGAGUAAUGAUGAUUUGGUUGAAGAAAGAAAAACAAACAUGAAUGAGUUAGAGAAGUCAACUUCUAAGAUGAAAGGUGUGAUUGAGAACGAUAAAACAAAAUCUAUAUUAUGA